AUUUUAUGUUAAUCAGUGUAACUGCUGACGUUAUACUAAAGUAACAUACAAACUACAUGAUCAGUUUGUUGUUUUUCCUAAUACUAUAAGUGGGAUAAGAUGAAAACUGUCCACCCACCCACACCCGCACACGAUGUUUUCGCAACCCCGGAAGGAAAGUUCAAUCAGGCAACAGGGUCACACUACAAUCUGUCCUCACACGUGGUGGUGGCGUGGCGAGGGGCGGACGGAAGAGAAUACUCUUUCUCGGCCCUGCUGUACCCUGCGACCCGUGUGCUCUGACGCGUUCCAGCUAUACUCUCCUUCCACAGGCCUUGUUAGCUUCUGAAGCUCUUUAGCUAACAGUUCGCUUGUCAGAAAUGCAUUUGGUGGUGUUCUUGAUGCAUAAAAGGGAAAAGUAGCAGUGAGAAAAGAACGAUGUCUGAAGUGUACGCAUCAACUCGUCUUGCAGAGGAUGAACAUCAGUGCAUGAACUGGUCAUGAAGCUCCUAAUACUGAUCAGAAAUAGCAGGAGCUGCGGUGUGAAAUGAGUGUGUAGCGAAUCGUUAAUUGGUAUGUUGUCCCUCCAAACAGCAGUCCAGAGGAACAUGCUGUCCAGGGCCGUCAGCGGCACUCAGCAGCAGGGGGCGCACAGGUGGCGGUGGCAAAGUUUGCCGAGGGCCAGCACGCCCUCCGCCCGGCCAGUAAAGUUCCCCUCGCCCGCUCCCAGACUCCCUUGCAACAUCUCAGGGUGGCUAGUAGCCGCGGGGGUUAUGGUGAUGCUGAUGCUGGGGGCCACGCCGUGCUGCUGCCUCGAGGCAAGGUGCCCGGCGCAGCCAGCGUUUGAAAGUUACUGCCAGUGUGCCACAGCGAGGAUUCGUAGUGGCAUCGAAAUCACCAUCAAGUGUGACUUCCAGAAAAAGGAGGAAGUUGUGCUGACAAAGAAUAUAUAUCCUUUUCGGGAGUCCAAGGCAGUGAGUGCCUCCGUGAGAAUCGCCAAUGCCACAAGCGUGCGCGUGACGGAGGGCUUCCUCGGGGCGUGGCUGGAGGUGCUCUCCGUGGGGCUCGACCUGUGGAACUGUGGCACUGUCAGCCUGGUCACAGCCCCGCCCGUCUACCUCCGCCACCCGCACGCCUUCUCCACCUUCGUCGGUAUUGGGUUGGUGGGCUGUAAGGUGCCCGAGAUCCCCGCCGGCCUGCUGCGGGACCGCGUGACCGCUAGCCUCCUCGUCAUGAACAGCGCGGUGGGCGUGGUGCGGCGCGGCGUCUUUCAGCGAGUCCGCAAGGUGCGGUACAUUGUAUUGGAAGAUUCGGUGGUGGAAAAGGUUGAGGGAUCAGUGGCCUUGGAGGGCUAUGUCACGUUGCACCAGCUGGACUCCCACCGCUGGAAUGGUCUCACCCUGUCCAACACCAAUAUACACGAACUGGGUCCUGGCGCCUUUAACCUCACACACAAGGCUAACAAGCUGGAGAACGUACACAAAGUUGUGGUGGAGAACAGCCGAGUGGAUUACAUGGGCCGUGGCGGCAUCACGGUACAGGGAGAUGUUGCUGUCACCAUCAAGAACAACUCUUUUGGCAAGCUGGAGGAUUUUGCACUUAUGAUUGAUGUGACUCGCGAUUUUAAGUUUGAGGACAAUGUGGUGGUGGCUGCUGAGGAGGGAGCGUUGCGUGGCCUCCAAUGUCAUAAUUUCACCGAGAUGGAAACUAAUAUGAUCUACUUCUCGACUGAGCGAAACAUGACUGAACUCCUCCAGCCAUCAUUCAAUCCCUUCCCAGCUUCCUGUGGCCACUCCCAGAUAUUCAGAGUGGUGAACCAAGCUCUGCCCCUGACAACAACAGCCAUUAGCACCAGUACUUGGGUGCUGCUGGUGCUGCUGUUGCUACUGGUGCUGGCCGUUGGUGGGGUUCUUCAUCGGUGGAGAGAGAAUAACAAGAUGCUGAACUUCAGUGCCAAUAAUUUUCAGUCCUCUAAUGGUGUUACAUCAUCGGCACGGUAUGAAGCCACCCAACAGGAGGUUAACAUGAUGCAAGAUGGAGUACCUAAUCCACUCUAUGACAGAACUGCUCUGUGAGCAAACAGGCUGAAAUGAAGCUGCAUUUCUUAACAAUGGUAAUAAUUUCCUUUAGCAGUGAAAAGAUAGUUCCGGAAAGAAACAUGUAUAAAGUAUUAUAGCAAAACAUCUCAAUUAGAAUUUUAAGGUAUCAAGAUGAAAAGAAAGUUAUGGUGUCUUUGCUGCCCACAACCUCCAUGUGAUGUGCCAACUUACAAUGCUAUAGUGAUUGUUGUUAUUGCCUGAUCAAAUGAAAUUACUCCUGUUAACAAUUCCCUAGAUUAAGCAUAUAAGCUCAUUAUUUUGCCUGAUUGGAUGAAGAGACCAGUCAAUAUUUUUCAUGUCAAAAGCUUAUCUAUAUCAUGGAACUUAAACCCUCAUAAUGACAAUACUAUGACAAUUACACAACUUUGUGUUUCUGAACUUAAACCCUCAUAAUGACAAUAUUAUGACAAUUACACAACUUUGUGUUUCUGUAAAAACAUACCACUUUCACGUACUAAAUUCAAACACAAUAAAUAUUUUAUAAAGUAAA